CCCAAUCAUCCCCUCCACCGGAUGGCGCAGCUGCUCAUUCCGAAGCAAACACCAAAAACCCUGAAUCCCUCAAAAAAAGGAUGAAUCCUGCGGCUGCCUGCGAGCUCUGCGGAUCUCGUGAAAAGCUGCUGCGUUGUUCUCGGUGCCGCAAAGUUUGGUAUUGUAGCAAGGAACACCAGAGAGAACAUUGGAAGAAGCAUAAACGUGCGUGCGUGCCGCGGUCUAAUGUCUCCGGUCCGACCCCUGAAGAGCCGCAAACUGGUUUAACAUUGGUCGAUUCUGGCAUUAGCGAACUCAACAUCAACGUUAAUCCUUUUCCUUGCGAAGGGAGCUCCGAAAUAGAGAUUCUCAACGCUGUCGCCGAAGUCCUCAGUCCUGUAUUUUUGGAUAGCCUCACCGGACAGUACCUUACAGAGCCGUCUUCGCAGGAAAUGCCCGAUCUAGACACCAUGGGCAAAGUACCACAUACUGACAACCACCCUCCGUUCCUACACAGCAGGAGCUCUCGAGACCAGAGGGGCAUCAUUGAAGAAAUUUGUAAGACUGUGAUCAAGGACAUGGAAGACUAUGGCAUCUGUGUCGUGGACAAUUUCCUUGGGCUCACCAAGGGAAGUGAAGUGGAGCGUGAGGUGCUCUCGAUGUACAACCAGGGAGUUUUUAAGGACGGACAGUUGGUCAGUUCUCGGCAGUCGAGGGGCGACCUCAAGACGAUCCGCAGUGACGAGAUCACCUGGAUCGACGGCAAGGAGCCUUCUUGCUCCGCCAUCGGACACCUGAUCAGCCGGGUCGACGCGGUCAUUCUUAAAGCAAAUCAGAUGUCAACCAGCGGCAAGCUCAGCAGACACACCAUCACAGGCAGAACCAAGGCCAUGGUAGCUUGUUAUCCUGGUCACGGCACUGGCUACGUGAAGCACGUCGACAACCCUAAUAGAGAUGGCAGAAUUAUCACUGCCAUUUACUACCUCAACAAAGACUGGAACAUUAAGGACGACGGUGGUUUGCUGCGGAUAUUCCCAGACUGGAGCGAUCAUGUAGCAGACAUUGAGCCCGUGUUUGAUAGGAUUUUAUUCUUCUGGUCUGACAGGAGAAACCCUCACGAGGUGCAACCCGCAUUUCGUACUAGAUAUGCGAUCACUCUAUGGUACUUCGAUGCCGUGGAGAGAGAGGAAGCAUGCAGGAGAUACAAGAAUGAAUGUAAGUUUUUUGCUUGAGUUCAUUCCUCCUGCGUGCAAAGAACGACCAGAAUUCUCUCGAGCCGUGAAACGACCUGCCGCAUCGCUCGGCAGUGCGUCGUCACAAAAGCGGCGUCAGUGUGUCGUUUUCACCGGCAACUCCGACACGCUGCUCCACUCGUCCUGCCGGGCGCACUGACCUAGUUUGUUCCUUGGCCUUGCACCAGGGUGCAUGUUCUUCUAAGAGAGUCGGGAAGGACAUCCUGUAAUACCUUGCUGCGCUCUGAACGCUGACUUACAUUAUAUCUAUAUAUUCUCGGCAGGGUGGUCAUUGUUUAUACUACAUCAUAAGAUAAAUAUAAGCUUAUAACGUACUGAACGAGUCGGUGAAUGUGUUUUUUCUCAAGACUAAAUGCAGCUUUUUGAAGAGAUGCUGACGCUGAGAAAUUUACGUUUGUGAUAAAAGUUUCGGAACAAAUUUCCAGGAAAAGUGAGGAGACUCUGACAUAGGCUCAGUUAUUUUUUAAAAGUCCUAAUUAGAAGUUUCCAAGAUUUGACUUUUGAGAAUUAUAGUCUUUAUGAAUUACAUUGAAAGCGUGUCUCUGUGAGAAGGCGUUCUUGCGACUUAAGCUCGAUUGAAUCUCCUAAAUUGAAAUUCGUGUUGGAGUGACAGAGCUCCAAAGUGAAAGUUGAGGCAAAGCUGCACACUUACGAACCGUUUUGUUUAACCCCCAUCAGACUUAUUCACGUGUAUUAUGAUAGACUUUCAACUAAUUUUUACUUGUUGCCAUGAAGUUUGACUUACGGAACUAGUUUACCAUUAAAUUUGAUAAAAUUUUGCAUUACCUCAUUAUACAAGUUAUGGUUUCUGGCAUUCUUAAAUAAUAACGGCUUUAGAGAAGCCGGCAACAGAUUAUCAUCCAUCAGCCUCAUCUGUUGUUCUUUGUUAGCACAAAUAUAGAUAAUCAAUACAUCCACAGACUUGAAUUAAGUAUGAACUGGAGUGCAAAUAAUUUCCAAUGUAAUCCCCCUUCAGUAUCAUGAGCCACCAAUAUCAUGGUUGAUUAUCAAUUUGAGUUUCAAGACUUGUUCGGUUUUGCCGCAUUAUUCAACUUUUAUCACAAUACAGGACUGCUUUGUGCCACUAAAAAGAAAAAUCUUGGCUUUAUUGGACACGUGAUUCUCAUCUGAGCGAAACUUAAGCUCCAUUUGUAAAUUAAAAAAUUAAACCAAAUCAAGCCUGUUAGUUUGCUGUUAUUAAACAUAGUUUAUCAAUAA